AUGUAAACAUAGUGAUAUAUUCUUAGGUUCAAAGAGUAUCAAUUAAUACAGAAUGUCUAAUAAUAAGUGUAAAGAAUUAAAAAAAAAUAUCCGUUGAUUAUCAAUGUUGAUUAGUUUCAAAAGGACCUUAUACUGUUGUUCUCUAUUGAAAGCUAGGAAACCUUGAAAAACUAAUUACAAAGCAUCCUUCAUUAAUAUAAAUUACCAAUACAAUCCCUUGAAUUUAAUUAAUUAACUAGAUAAGAAAAUUAAAUAAUUAUAAAAAGCAACAUUGCAGAAAUUAAAAUAGCUUUGAAUGGAAGAUUCAUCUACAAUCAACUUGAGAAUGGCCUUUCUUAUUAAGUCUUUUAGAAUAAAUGUAUAUAUCAUGGUAAGGUUCAAAAUAAGAAACCAAACGGUGAGGGAUGUUUCAAAUGGGAAAAUGGUGAACAAUUUAUAGGUUAAUGGUCAAAUGCUUAGAAACAUGGUUAUGGUUAAUGGAUUGGAAUAAAUGAUGAUUAUUAUAUUGGUUAAUGGGUGAAUGGACAAUAAGAUGGAUUAGGAGAACAUAAAUGGAAUGGAGAUAUUUAUUUUGGAGAAUGGAAAAAUUCUGUUAAAAAUGGUUAUGGAGUAGAACAAUUUUAAAAUGGUGAUAAGUAUAUAGGCAAUUAUUAUUUUGGCAAACCAUAGGGAUAAGGUGAAUAUAGAUGGGUUGAUGGAUCAAUUUAUUUAGGAUCAUUCUAAGAUGGCAUGAGACAUGGAUAUGGAAGGUAUGUUAAGAAAAAUGGAAUCAUUUAUGAAGUAAUAUAUGAUUUCUAAAUAGGGAGAAUAUCAAAAUGAUUUGAAGCAUGGAAUAGGUAAAUUAAUAUAAAUAGAUGGAAGUUAUUAUGAAGGCUCUUUUAUCAAUGAUCAUCGAGAUCGAUAAGGAGUAGUAUAAUAAAAGAAUGAUAAAAUUAGUGAUGGUGAUUAUAAAUUAAAUUAUACUUCUAUUAAUAAUCCUAUUAAUAAAGAGAUAAUAAAGUAAGAAUUAACAUAAAGAGAUAAUAAACCAAUUACUUCUUAGAAUAAAUAAACUCAAUAAUAUUAAUCAUAUUUAAAUACUUAUUAAAGCUCAAAUUUAGAAUCUUAAAAUAAUAAUAAUAAAUUACAAAAAUUAUAAUUACCUGUAGUUUCAAAUUAAAAAUGUAAAAUUGAAAGCAAAUCUACUCGUUCUUACUCUAUGAAUUAAAAAAGGACUUCAUAAAUAUAAUAAUUUAAAUAAAAUCAUAAAUCUACUUCAAUUGAUCUAAAAGAUGUAUAAAUUUGUGAUGCUUAUAGAACUAUCAAAAAGAAAUAAACAAAUUAAAAGGAUAAUAAUUAUUUAUUUUUAAUAAAUAAUAAUAAAAAAUCUAUAAAGAAUGUAUUUGUUUAUUGA